AAAUUGUCUUAUUCUUAGUCAUUUGACAUUACAUAAUUCUUUUAUAAAAUCUUCAAGGACAACUCAAAAGUGCAACACUACAAGCACUAGAGAGCAAAAUGUAAAUGAAAUGAGGACCAUGACUGCAAAUUCAGAAAAAUACAAGGGCAUAAUCGUAAAGAAUCUCAUAUUAUAUUCCCUCAGUCAGCAACCACUCUGAAGAAAAAAAAAAGUGAAACAGACAGUGUAGCAGAAACAAGUAAAAAAAGAAACGUAUUUAAUUUUCACAACCUCCCAAACACAGCCCCUCUCCUCCCUCCACCACCACCACCACCACCACCCACCACCCACCAUCCCUUACCCAUUUCCCCAAGCUUCUUCCAUACCUCUGCUCUCAAACCCUAGAAAAAUUCAUUAAAAAAUCCAGCUUUCACCAUUUACUUCUUCCUACAUGGGCUUUUUCCAAGAACCCAUUGUAAAUCCAGAAUAAAAAGCACACAGUUUUGUUCAUAGAGAAAAACCCAGAUCAAAUAUGGCUGUUUUUUCCUCUUCCAGGUACUUUUUAGCUUUCUUGUUACUUAAUAUUUUCUUGAAAGUUAUCAAUGGCGAGCCAAAUAUAACCUUUUCUUUCAAGAAUUUUGGUAAAGACUCAAACUUUGGGUCCCAGCUUUCACUGUUUGGGGAUGCUAAGGUUGCUAAGGAUAAUGCAUCCAUCCAAAUGUCUGGUUCUGGGGUUUUUACUUCUGGGAGAUUCAUUUGUAAGAAACCCAUUAAUCUUGUUGAAGGAAAAUCAAGAAAAAUGGUGUCUUUUUCAAGUUACUUUGCUUUUUCUAUGUCUAAGGAAAAAGGGGAUGGCUUGGCUUUUGUCAUGCUCCCUUUUGGGUUUCCUUUGAAUUUAUUCGAUGGUGGGUCUAUGGGAAUGUUGGGGGAGAGAAAAACAAAGUUUCUUGCAGUCGAAUUCGACACGUUUAAGGAUGAAAAAUACGGCGAUGUGAAUAGCAACCAUGUCGGGCUAGAUGUUGAAAGCCUUGUCUCUGUUAAAGUGAGCAAUGCUUCGUCGGUAAGGUUGUUGCUAAACAGCGGAGAGAAGUUGCAGGCGUGGAUCGAUUACGAAGCGAGUGGUAAAAGAUUCGAAGUGAGGUUGAGUGAAUUGGGCCAAAAUCGGCCGGUUGAUCCGUUGCUCUCUUACCCGAUUGAUUUGUCGAGAAUGUGGAGGAACGAGAAUGUUAGCGUGGGAUUGAGUUCGUCGAGUGGGAAUUCUUCGCAGAAGAUUAAUAUUUAUUCGUGGAGCUUCAAAUCAAGAACUAUGCCGCAUUGGAUGCACUCAGAGCCAAUGGAUCCGGAGGGUCUUUCAGAGAAGGGAGACGAGAUUAAGGUUCCUAAGAGAAGUGAUAGUUGUGCUCUAAGAAUAUUUGCUGCAUUAAUUUUCGGAACUGGAUGCGGUGCAUUGGGGGCUUUCUUGGUGCUGUUUGUGUGGACUGUCUUCGGAAAUAGGCGACCAGUCGUGCCUGAGGAAUUUGCUGUGGAAAAAGACGAGUUCGAGGGAAAAAAAUCGGGCGUUUCGUUAGAUAAGAAAACCGUCGAAGAUGGUAAGAAGUAGGUGUUGGGAUUUGCAGAUUAGAGACAAUGUGUAUGUGUGUGAGUGUGUGUUUUCUUGUUUGUAAAUCAUGUCAUGUUUGCUAGUAAUUUGAGAGUCUUGUGGUUUUUGGUAUGGUGCUGUAAUAAAAUGAUCAACCAUUCUUGCAAUAUCAUCCUAUUAUGUAUGGCUUGAUCAUUGAAAUACAGCUUCAUUUUGAGAAGAUGUAUGGUUUAUAUCUAUCUUGGGACUAUAUUAAUUUUUUUCAAUGAUUAUGAAUUUUCUUGUGUA